AUGCCGCCAUCAACUGGCGACAUGCAGCAAGUCACCACAGAUAUUGCCAGCGCUUUGGCUGCCAAGCACAUUCCACCCACUCAACAAUGGCUACAGCAUUUCUCGCAGUCCAUCAGGCUCAACACGCCCCUUCAAGCUUUGCAGAAGACUGCUGAGUUUCGCCUCCUCGGGACAGAUAUUACUUCGUCGCUGCAGUCAUUCCCGCGUUCUGUCUUUCCCGCUGGCAUAGCAAGUCCGGAAGUGAAGGAACAGCGUAUCCCGGGACCCGUGCCAGUCCAAGUCCUUGACAGUGAAGACAUCGGUCGCAGUCGAUGGAGCCAAGUCGAAGCGAUCGAGAUGGAGGAGCGAGGCGAGACUCGCAAGGGCCACGAAGUCAUCCGUGUUGUGCCCGACGAGGACGAUGCUGAUCCAGCUUCCACUGCAAAUUCUGGUGCGGGGGGACCUUCCGGUCCGCACAAGUUAUUGCUUCAAGACACGAAAGGCAACAAAGCCUAUGCUUUCGAGCUUGAACCUGUCAACGGAAUCGACGCCUCCCUUUCCAUAGGAGCGAAGCUGGUGAUUCGCGACUUCGUGGUGGCUCGCGGUGUAGUCAUGCUCACAGCUCGCGGUACAGAAGUUCUAGGUGGGAAGAUUGAUGCCUGGGAUAAGAAGUGGAAAGAGGACAGAAAGAAGGUCCUCAAGCAGAAGGCAGGGUGGACCGAGAAUCCGACAGCAAACGCGGUUGAUUGA